AUGAAAGCUCAAAUUACUAAGUUGAACACUGCUGUUGGGGUACUUCAACAAGAAAAAGGUAAAUUUCCUUCCCAACCCCAAGCUAAUCCAGUGGGUCAACAUAGUAUUGCGAGCACUAGUGACUCUGAGGUGACUAUGGAGCAUGCUAAAUCCAUUACCCUUAGAAGUGGUAAGAAAGUUGAAACAAAAAUUUCACAAAAAGAGAUUUCAAAAGGAAAUGAUGAAGGCUCUUCAAGCAAUGUUUUCAAAGAGCCUAUUCAUGAAUCUAAGAGUAAUGAGGUGAUGCAAGAGCCCCAAGAGAUUGAGGGUGAGAAAGUUGUUGCAAAAGAUCCAAUAGUCAUUCCAUACCCACAAAGACUCAAGGCUCCUCAAAAGGGAAGGUGUAAUGUUGAAAUGCUUGAAUUGUUCCAACAAGUGAAGGUGAAUAUACCUCUGCUUGAUGCCAUAAAGCAAGUACCUGCAUAUGCUAAAUUUUUAAAGGAUCUGUGCACUGUGAAGCGAAAGCAUAAUGUGCAUAGCAAAGUCCUUUUGGCUGAACAAGUGAGCUCAAUCCUGAAUGCAACUACACCUCCCAAAUACAAAGACCCUAGGAGCCCGACCAUUUCCAUAGUGAUAGGGGAAUUCAAAUUAGAGCGUGCCUUGCUUGAUUUGGGGGCGAGUGUGAAUCUUCUCCCCUACUCUGUCUAUGAACAACUUGGGUUGGGAGAGUUGAAGCCAACAAAGAUGACCUUAGAACUGGCAGAUAGAAGUAUUAGGAUCCCUAAGGGAGUCGUGGAGGAUGUGUUAGUACAAGUGGAUCAAUUCUUUUACCCUAUUGAUUUUGUGGUACUGGAUACUCAACAAGUGGUGAACAAAAAUUCCAACAUUCCUAUUAUCCUUGGUAGACCAUUCCUUACUAUGAGCAAUGCUAACAUCCAAUGUAGGAAUGGUUUAAUGAAAAUCUCAUUUGGGAACAUGACUGCUGAACAUAACAUCUUUAAUUUCAUGAAGCAAGUUGGGGAUGAUGAUGAUGUGUUUGAAGCUAAUAGCAUUGAUGCUAUUUUGCAGGAACACUUGGAUGCCUUCUCUUGUGAAGACCCUCUUCAAGCAUGCCUGGUAAAUGUUGUGGAGGAUGACUGUGUUGAGAACCCCAAAACGGAGCACUUCCGCUCUCUUCUCAAUAUAGUUGAGGUCUUUGAAGUUCAUGGUUGGACUCCUAGAUUUGAGGAGUUAACUCCUUCUGAGACUAAAAUUUUACCAUCUCAUGUCCUAUUGAAUUCAUAUGCGUCUAGUGCACAAUACAAGACAUUUAUGGCAUUUGAAUUUAUUUGUUGCAUUUUGUAA